UGAGAAUUUAUGAAUUACUAGGUUAAAAUGGAUCCAAGGUUCAAUAGAUUUCCAACUACUGUGAAUGGAUUUAAUCUGGAGAACCAAUCCUUACUAAGCUUUUCGGAUAAUUGGAAGAAUAAUGAACCUAUAAUUGGGGCUAUUUAUCCAGAUCAGAAAAUAGUCAAUGUUCCAAGAUUUGAAAAUAGUUUUAUCCAACAUAAUGUUCCAUCUCUUUCAAAUGACCCUUCAACAACAAGCAAUAUAGCAGUGACUUCUGAGAUUGGUACUGAGGAUGAAUACAAUGAAGAUUUUGAUUUCUCGGAUACGGUUUUGAGCUAUAUAAAUCAGAUGCUUAUGGAAGAAGAUAUGGAGGACAAGACACAUAUGCUUCAAGAGUCGUUGGAACUUCAAGCGAAAGAGAGAUCAUUUUAUGAGGCCCUUGGCAAUUCACCUCAGCAGAACCUGUCUAUUACUGACCAGAACGGUGAGAUACCGGAUGACUAUUACUCAGGAAGUCUGUAUAGUUCUACAAGUAAUGUCAUUGACAGUAGUGGUUACCUAAUUGAUCCAAGGUUGGUUAGCAUUUCAAAUGAUCAUAAUUACUCUUAUGAACAAGGCCUUUUCUUUUGUAAUGGUCCUUACUCUUCGAUUAGCUCAUCGAAUAGCAUAAAUAAUCUUGUAGAUGGGUUCUUGGACUCUCCUGUAAGUCCUCUUCAUAUUCCUGAUAUAUAUAAUGAUAGCCACCCGAUUUGGAACUUUAGGAAAGGAGUGGAAGAAGCGAGGAAAUUCCUCCCUACUGAUAAUAAGUUGUUGGACAAUGUGGUUAUCAACGACUUGCUACCUCAGGAGAAAAGAGGAGAAAGUGGUUGUGCGGUGGAGAAAAGGGAUGUGGGAGCGACUUCACCUACAGGGCCGAGAGGGACGAAAAAUCCUCAUAGAGAUGAUAGGGAUUUAUUAGAAGAAGAAGAAGAAAGAAGUAGCAAGCAAGCAGCAGUUUAUACAGAAUCUACAGUUCGUUCGGAUGAGUUUGAUGUAAUUUUGUUGCAUAGCAUGGGGGAUGGAAGGGAAGCAUUGACAGCUUAUCGUGAGAGCUUGAAGAACGCUAGAACAAAACCCACGGUGCAAUCAAAAGGAUUUGCUGUAGGGAGGGGAGGCCGCGGGAAGAAACAGUCUAGUAAAAAGGAAGUCAUAGAUUUAAGGUCUCUUUUAAUAAAUUGUGCACAAGCUGUUGCUGCUGAUGAUUGCAGGAGUGCAACUGAACUGCUGAAACAGGUAAGACUUCAUUCAUCUCCUUUUGGAGAUGGCAACCAGAGAUUAGCUCAUUGUUUUGCAGAUGGUCUGGAAGCACGUUUGGCAGGCACUGGUAGCCAGAUUUAUAAGGCCCUCGUCAAUAAACGAACAUCAGCAGCUGAUUUUUUAAAGGCCUAUCAUUUGUAUCUUGCAUCAUGCCCAUUCAGAAAGAUGUCAGGUUUUACCUCAAACAAGACAAUCAUUAGAAAAUCAAAGAAUGCUACAAGGGUCCAUGUCAUUGACUUUGGCAUCCUCUAUGGCUUUCAAUGGCCUACGUUAAUUCAACGUAUUGCAGCAAGAGAAGGUGGACCACCAAAUCUUCGUAUUACUGGUAUAGAAUUUCCUCAACCUGGCUUCAGGCCAGCAGAAAGGAUUGAGGAAACAGGACGCCGUUUGAGCGAUUAUGCCAAGUCCUUUAAUGUUCCAUUUGAGUACCAAGCAAUAGCAAAGAAAUGGGAAACCAUCAGACUUGAGGAUCUAAAGCUUGAAAAGGAUGAGUAUCUUGUUGUCAAUUGUUUGUAUAGAUUUAAGAACUUGCACGAUGAGACCUUGUUAUCUGACAGUUCGAGAACUCUCGUUCUCAAUCUAAUAAGGGAGAUCAAUCCAGACAUUUUCAUCCAUGGGAUUGUCAAUGGGGCCUAUAGUGCCCCAUUCUUUGUCACACGGUUCCGUGAGGUCCUGUUUCAUUUUUCAGCACUUUUUGAUAUGCUGGAAGCUAAUGUACCCCGGGAGUAUCCGGAAAGAAUGUUAAUUGAGAGAGAGAUCUUUGGGAGGGAAGCCCUGAAUGUCAUAGCUUGCGAAGGAUGGGAAAGAGUUGAAAGGCCAGAGACAUAUAAGCAGUGGCAAGUUCGUCAUCUAAGGGCAAGGUUUACACAAAUACCUUUUGAGCAACAGGAGAUCAUGAAUAUAGCAGUUGAAAAGGUGAGAACAAGCUAUCACAAAGACUUUGUAAUCGAUCAAGAUAACAAGUGGAUGUUACUGGGGUGGAAAGGGAGAACGAUCUACGCCUUAUCUUGUUGGACACCUAUUUAAGAAACCUGCAAGGCAUGAUUUGGAAAAUGAAACUUGUCCUUCCACAUAUUUGGAAAAUUCAACAAUACAGAUGUAUCUGGCAAGCUCAUUCUAGAUAUUGCUCACACAAGUGAUACAAAGGUCAUGUUGUUGCUCAAUACUCUUGCCAAUGAUGAUGAAGUCAAAUGGCUAGCAGAUAGUCAUUUCCAAUAAGUGUGAAGCACAUUUGUUUUUUCCUCCAUAUCAGUGGUAUACAAGCUAGGGUUGCACACACUUCGACCAAUUCCUUGAAUAUCUGCUACUACCCAAUAACUCUACCCACCAAGACCUAGGUAGCUGUGAAAAAAUCGCCUAGAGUUUUUUUUGUUGGUCUCUAGUGAGAUUUCUUUCCUGAUCUCGAGGCUUUUUCUCGUUUCGGGACUACUUGGCACAUCCUUGGGUGCUUACGUGCAACAUGUUUGUUAUUAAACAUUGCUUUCUUGUUUGUUUCA